CUCAGGCACCUCCUGAAAGGUAUAAAAAGGGGAAGGAGGGCCGUGCCCCAGAGGAGCCACAACGGGAGAUCCUCGCUCUGCCCGCCUCGCUCCUCCGAACGUCUCCGCGCUCGCCCCGAAGGUUCUCGGCGCCGCCAUGAGCCGGCAGUGCUACACCUCCAGCUCCAUCCUGGGCCGCCGAGGCUUCUCCUCGGCCUCCGCCGUGUGCGGGCUGGGCCGCGCCAACGCCAGCUCGGCCUCGGCGUGCCAGCCCUCGGGCCGGCGCUGCGGCCUGGGCGGCUUCAGCAGCCGCAGCGUCUGCAACCUGGGCCGCGGGCAGCGCAUCUCGUUCGGGGGCAGCUGCCGCGGGCAGCUCCUGGCCGGGCCGGCCGUGGGGCGCUGCGGGGUGGCCUUCGGCGGGGGCCGCUUCGGCGUGGUGGGCUUCGGCGGCGGCGUCUGCGGCGGCGGCGGCGGCGGCGCCUUCGGCGGCCUGGGCGGCUUCCGCGGCGGGCUGGGCGACGGCGCGGCCGCCGGGGGGUUCGGCGUGGGCAGGUCCGAGGGGAUCCGCGGCGUCAGCAUCCACCCCGAGCUGCUGAAGCCGCUGUGCGUGGGCGUGGACCCCGAGGAGUGCCAAGUGAGGACCCACGAGAAGGAGCAGAUCAAGAACCUCAACAACCAGUUCGCCUGCUUCAUCGACAAGGUGAGGCUGCUGGAGCAGCAGAACAAGGUGCUGACCACCAAGUGGGAGCUGCUGCAGCAGUACGUCCUGCCAGCCUCCCGCAGGAACCUCGAGCCCGUCUUCGAGAACUUCAUCUGCAACCUCAGGAAGCAGCUGGAGUGCGUGAUGGGGGAGAGGGAGAGGCUGGAGAACGAGGAGCGCUGCCUCCGGGACCUGGUCCAGGAGUUCAAGUGCAAGUACGAGGACGAGAUCAACAAGCGCACGGCGGCCGAGAACGAGUUCGUGGUGCUCAAAAAGGACGUGGAUUGUCUGUACCUGACCAAGGAGGAGCUGGAGGUGCGGGUGGGGCUCCUGCGGCAGCAGCUCGAGUUCCUCAAGUGCAUCUACGCCGAGGAGAGGGCCCAGCUGGACUGCCAGCUGUGUGACACCUCUGUCAUCGUGCAAAUGGACAACAGCCGCGACCUGGACAUGGAGGGCAUCAUCAAGAGCGUGGAGUGCUGCUACGAGGAGAUCGCCCAGAAGAGCAAGGCCGAGGUGGAGGCUUUCUACCAGACCAGGCUGGAGGAGCUGCACAGCAGCCGGGGCAAGUUCUGUGACGACCUGAGGAACAACCAGAGCGAGAUCGCCGAGCUCAACAGGAUGAUCCAGAAGCUGCAGUGCGAGUCUGACAACGUCAAGAAGCAGAUCUCGGCCCUGCAGACGGCCAUCUGCGACGCCGAGCAGCGCGGGGACUGCGCGCUGAAGGACGCGCGGCAGAAGCACGUGGACCUGCAGACCGCCCUGCAGCAGGCCAAGGACAAGAUGGCCUGCCUGCUCAGGGACUACCAGGAGCUGCUCAACGUCAAGCUGGCCCUGGACAUCGAGAUCGCCACGUACAGGACGCUGCUGGAGGGAGAGGAGAGCAGGAUAUGCACCGGCAACCCCGUCAGCGUAGCCGUGGUGAGCGGCGGCGGCACCGUCGGCGAGUGCCGCUCCCUGUCGGGGCUGGGCGGCACCAAAUGCUCGGUGAAGGCGGGCGGGGCUGGGGCCGGCCUGGGGCUGGCUUUGGGCUCGCCGUUCGGCGCCCACGCCGCGGGGUUCGGCGCCCACGCCGCGGGGUUCAGCGCCCGCAGCGUGGACUGCCUGCCCAAGGUGGGCGGCGGCGGCGGCGGCUUCGGCGCCCGCAGCUCCGUGGGCUGCGUGGGCCGCGAGGUGAUGCCGGGCGUGGUGGACGGAGGGGUGCAGUGCGGGCCGCCCGUGGGCAACCUGGGGGGCGCCGUGGGCAACCUGGGGGGCGCCGUGGGCAACCUGGUGUGCGGCGGCGGCGGCGGCGUGGAGCAGUGCGGGCCGGGCGCGGUGCUGAUCCCCGGCGCGGGGCUGUGCGGGGCGGCGGGCAGGUUCGGCACGGCCGUGCGCGUGGUCAGGACGAGCCGGUAG